UUUGUGCUCAUAAUAGCAAGUUUAUGUGUAUAACGCGGCGGGUUGUGACAAUUUAUAAAAAAUUUGUAUUCAAUUAAAACCAAAAUCUGCUAAGAAAAAAUAAAUUAAACUAUAGAAGUUAUUAAGAAAUAUGAAUAAAUAAACAAAUAAUUGUUAUAAAAUUCUAUGAAUAACAAGAAAACCAAGUGAAAAACAAAAAAAUUAAACUAUAAAAAAGAAUGAAAAAAACAAAAUAUUUAAAUGAAAUUAAUAUAAAUACAAAACAAUUUAUGUUUGUUGUUGCUUGUUUUGGCCAUUCCCCCUAAAGAAAACAUCAAUGUGACAAUUAGUCAAUAAUUACGGUAGAACAAAAGCAACAUAAAAAGGAAAGAAAGAGAGCAUAAAAAAAGAAAACUCUGAUGAACAACGUUUGUUUAGAAGAAAAUGUGUAGCAAAAGAAAAUAAAGAAAAAUCACAAUCUAAACUACAAACAUGUGUGUGUGUGUAUUUGAUACAAAAGUAAAACAUUUUUAAACAGCAGCGCAGCAAGUGGAGCGGGUCAUAAAGAUAAACAAAUAAAAUACGUAAAUAAAUAAAUAUUCAACGCAGACAUACAGACUGUGAUGUUGGUGUACAACGACUAGUGCGAGUGCGAACAACAACAAGAACAAGACUACUAUGUACUACACUUAGUUAAUUGUUUUUGCUUGUUUCUUUUUUCCACUGUUUUUUGUUUUGUUUUUCUAAGGUUGGUUGACUAUUUGUCACAAACUAAAACAAUGACAACAACAACAAUAGCAACAGCAAAAUCCAAGAAAUAAAUAAACAACUAGCAAAAUUUUAUUGUUGCUGUCAAUAAUUGUUUGUGCAACGAGAUCAAAGUCAACUUUAACUAACUUUAAUUAAAAAUGAAUUAAAGUCCAAAGACGUUUUCAAUGGAUACAAUUUACAGAUUAAAAAUACAAACUCAUAGAGAUAUAUUAAUCGAAAUGUAUUCAAAUGAAAUUAAUGAAUUUCAAUACCAACAAAACCCAAACACAUCUGUCAACAAUUAAAAUUUAUGGAAGAAGAAAAAAAUGAAAAAAAGUAAUCAACACCCAGUGACGACAAUAUAUUUUCAAUGUUACCAGCAACAUCAACAGCAACAACAUUAUCACAAGGCGUCGUUUUUUUUUGUGUCAACCAACCACGCCUCUUCAAUUAUGGAACGAUAAAAUCAAAUAAUCAUGAUAUCAGAAAAUGAUUAAAUAAAUUACUUAUUUUUUUCUAACUACUAUUUUUAAUAGUAAAUAAAUUUGUUAUAACAAAAAACACACAGAAAAUUAAUUAAUCAUUAAAGUAAAAAAAUAAUUUAUAAAAUAAAAUACAAUACAAUUUAAAAAAAGAAAGAUAGAAGAAAAAUCACAACAAAAUGAAGCAAAAUAUUAAAUUGUCAACACAACGUAUAAGACCAGAACGUUGUAAUGAUGAUGCAGAUGAUGUUGCACUACAAGUGCAACCAACAUAUUACAAACAACGUCAACAGCAGCUACUGCAAUCGUAUAAACAUUGUAAGCGGCGGCGAAAAUCUACAACACAACAGCAUCACAGCAUUUCAUUAACAACAUCAUCAUCUUCAUCACCAGCAUCAAGCGAAAAUACCACAAGAACCUGCGAUUUAAAAAUGCCUACAACCACACAAAUAACACCAGCUAAAUGCAAAUGGUGGAGUAUAUUAAAUACCAGAAGUAGAAAUUCUUGCGAUUUUGCAAGUGUUAGGAAAAUCCUUAAGAAAUUUCUAUUAUUGACCACGAUACUCUUGAUCACAUCGACAUGUUUAACAACUUCAAAAAUAUGUCAACCCAUUGAGGCGGCCGCACUAGCAGCAGCUGCAUUUCCAGCUACAUCGGCCACAUCUAUACAAGGCUUUCAAAUACCACCCUUGACCGCUUUACUAAAAGCAGCAGCACAAGAUUCACAAAUAACCAAUAACAAUAGUCCGUCCUCUACGAUACUGCCAUCAUCGGGAUCAUCAUCAUCACUAUCGACCUCAACAUCGCCUUUGGCUUCAGCCACCACCUUCGCACAGCAACAACAAAGACAACUGCAGCAACAACAAUUGUUUGCUCUACUCAAAUUGAACAGUAUGCCACAAGCGACCCAGGAAACAAAGAAAUCCUCAUCAUCCUCUUUGGCUUUGCGUACGAAAAAUCUAAAGGAUAAACAACGCUAUCAUCAUCAACGACGACCACCGCAUCGCCAUCUCAAGGAAGACAACGGCGACUAUGAUGACGACGAUGAGGAUGAGGAUGAGGAUGAAGACGAUAAUAUUAAUUUUCCCAUUCCACGCAAUACUCUAUUGGAGACAACGGGUUUUGUGGCCGACGAUGGUCAGCAAUAUGAAAAGGCUGAAAAAGCUUUAGCAGCUGCUGGUAUUAUUGGUGGUUCUGGCUCUAAUACACAACAGCAAUCAUUAGGUUCUUCGUCCACGACAAACAACAAUUUAAAUUGUCCCAAAGAGUGCAAGUGUCUGAAUGAUUAUUUCGAUUGUGGCAAAAAACAUUUGGAUCGAGUACCCGCACUGCCCAACUAUGUGCAAAUAAUAGAUUUCAUUGGCAAUAAAUUAAAUGAUUCAACGGUUUUGCAAAUAAAAAAUUUGCCGGAACUAAAUAAGUUGGUUUUAAAGCGCAACCAAUUGGAGACGGUACCAAAAUUUGUGGGUCUUAGCUCUUUGAAACAAUUAAGUUUGGCUCACAAUCGUAUACAGAAAAUAUCUGCUGAAGCUUUGGCAGCUUUGCCAAAACUUAAGGCUUUAGAUUUAUCUAAAAACUAUUUGCAUACAGUUGAAUCCAGUUAUUUUCCCGCAACGAAUCGUUUGGCUCAUUUAAUUUUAAAUGGCAAUGAAAUAGCCAGCAUAACAGAAUCAGCCUUUGAAAAUGUUUCCGAUUUAUUAGAUUUGGAAUUAAAUAACAAUCGUUUGUCGUUAUUGCCAGCAGGUGUUUUUGAAAACCUAGCCAAGCUAAGAAAAUUAUCCUUAAACUACAAUCAUUUGGAGAUUAAUUGGUCUACCUUUCGUGGCUUGACUUCUUUGCAAAAGCUAUUUUUAAAAUCCAAUAAUAUACGAGCCCUACAAGAUGGUGUUUUCCAUGUGAUGACUGCCAUAGAAACUAUAGAAUUGGAUCAUAAUUAUAUUAGCUCCCUAAGUCGCCAGGGUCUCUUCAAUUUGACUAAAUUGCAUCAUUUAUCUUUAUCGAAUAAUUCGAUUUCUCGCAUAGAAUUGGACACUUGGGAAUUUACACAGUCUUUGAUAACAUUAGAUCUUUCCCAUAAUAAUAUUUCGGAAUUUAAGCCACAACAUUUGGAUUGUUUACAGCGUUUGAAACACCUAAAUUUGGGACACAACAAAAUCCAGUAUUUAAUGGAAAAUACUUUUGAUUGCGUUAAGAAUCUGGAGGAUUUAAAUUUAAGACGCAAUAAACUCUCCUGGAUAAUAGAAGACCCCGGGGCAUCACCACCGUUUAAGGCUUUGAGAAAGCUGAAAAAGUUGGAUUUGUAUGGCAACAAUUUGAAGCAAAUUAAUACAAAAUCCUUAAGUGGUUUGUCCAAUUUGGAGUCAUUGAAUUUGGGGGGCAAUGCAUUGGCUUCCAUACAGUCGGGUGCCUUUGAUCACAUGACUAAUUUGCAAAAGCUAAUGUUUAAGUCGUUAAAUUUCAUUUGUGAUUGUGAUAUUUUAUGGUUUAGACGUUGGAUGAAUAGACACUCUCAAACGACAGGCAAUCAGAAACAAUUGCAUCCACAACAACAGCAUUCCAGCUCUUCGCAAGCGGUUUGUGGUUAUCCAGAGCAUUUGUUGGAUAGAGAACUACUGUCGCUGCAACAAAAUGAAUUGAUAUGUGCUGAAACCCCUAAACCGGUACUCAUACAAGAACCAUCCAAUCAACUGGCUGUUAAGGGAGCCAAUAUAACCAUGGAGUGUAGAGCCACUUCACCCACAGCUGCCUCUUUAGCAGCAACUGAUGAAUUAAAAAUCAAAUGGCGCCACGACAAUCACAAUAUCAAAGAAAGAGAUCGCAAUACACCACCGGCCAAUUCCCUUACAACGCCCUAUACCACCACCGAAACGCAAAUACAUCAUGAUCCCUCUAAUAAUCAAACCACUAUUAUUGGUUAUUUGCGUUUGUACAACAUGAGCUAUGAAUCAGCGGGCAAAUAUCAAUGUGUGGUAUCGAAUGCUUUUGGCACCACCUAUUCACAGAAAUUUAAAAUGUCUAUAGGCAUUCAUCCUUCCUUUUUGCAAAUACCUUCUAACUUGACUAUAGAUUCUGGCGAUACGGCACGUUUGGUUUGCUCAGCCACUGGAGAUCCUAUGCCAGAAAUAGCUUUACAGAAAUUUGGUGCCAGUGAUUUUCCAGCCGCCACUGAACGCCGUUUACAGGUGUUGAGGGAAGAAAAUGCUUUUGUAAUUAUAAAUGCAAAACCCAUCGAUAGUGGCAUUUAUACGUGUACGGCAGAGAGUCCAGCGGGUGAAAUUAAAGUGAAUGCAUCUCUAAUAGUGAAUGAUAAACCUCAACCCACCAUACCAGUGGUACACAAAGAGAUUGUUGUUGGCAAAUCGAGUGUUUUGGAGUGUCUAAACGAUAUAGCAGCCGAGUUAAAUCAGCCUCAUCGUGAGUGGUACAAAGACAAUAAACCCUUUCAUAUUACUCCUACUUUGGAUACGGAUCGUUAUUAUUUUACCUCCGAAAAAGAACUACUCAUCAUUGUCAAUAGUCAGUCUGUCGAUUCUGGACACUAUCGUUGUGAAAUUACCGAUAAUUCCAAGACCUACACCAUGCAAAUGGAGCUGUUGGUGGUGAAAGAGGAUUUCAGUCAAAAUGUCAUAAUAAUAGGAGUGAUUGUGGUGACAGUGGCUUGUAUUAUAAUUGGCUCUCUAAUUGUCUGGAUUAUAUUGUUUUAUCAAAAGAAAAAAUUGUAUAUGAAUGCAGGAAAUGGCACUGCUUUGGGUGGUUCCAGAGUGGCGGCAGCAAAUAGUCACAAUCUAUUGACCUCCAGCAGAGGCAGCACUCUAGAUCAAACACAAAUGACCACAUUAAGUAGAACAUAUCUGAGAUCCCCCCGAGAUAAUUAUAAUCAUGCAGCUAAUCAAAGGCCACGCAGUUUGGCAGCUUUAGAAAUGAAUGGCGGCCGUUAUCAGGGUGUCGAAGAUGAAAACCAGCCUUUAACCGAACAAAGAAACUUUCUUAUAGUAACCACCACACCCAACUAUCAGCAAUUGCUUAUGCAACGCCAAGCCCACGAAGAGGAUAGAACAGAUGAUGAACACUUAACCUUGGAAUACCUAAGAUUGAAUAGAACCCAUGAUGGAGAUCAUCAUCAAGAUCAUUUAUCUAGCAAAGAUUCGGGUACAGGUUCAGAUGCAGCUGUCAAACGUAGUUUAGAAGAUUUCUCCAUAACACUAAUGCCCAGUUCUUCGACACCCACCUCCAAUGGAGGUGGCUUGGGAAACUUAUUAAAACCUGGAGCUAGGGCUUCCUUAGCCAAGCCAGACACCGACGAAGAUGAGGAGUACAAUAAUGUCGCAGUAAAUAUACCAACUGCACAGCAAAACGGCAGUAGUGGUAGUACUGAGGAUACAGAAGAUUUUACCACUUCGCCUACAUUGGGUCUAUCUGUGUAUCAAGUUGAUGAUGACAUACACAAUUUAUCUCGCAAUAAUAACCAUUCACCCGCGCUAACAAAUUACAAAACUCCAACUGAUGACGAUGAUGGUGGCGGCGCUGUAAGUUUGGUGGAUGCUAAUCUAGGUAGGUCCGCGUAUAACAAUGUGCCCACAAGUAUGGUUUCGUCGCCUACACAUCAAACACAACAUUGUAAAGCAAGUACAAAUUUUUCUACAACUCCUACAUCUUCCCUGACUCCUCCCCCAAUUCCUCUUCGUACACAAACUGUUGAUAUUUAGUUCUUUUAACAUAUAUUUAAAUUAAAAAAAAAAACGAACAAAACUAAAAACCAAAUCGACAGUUUGUUGUCUUCAAACCAAAUAUAAAGACUGUUUCAUUAUGAUGUCAAACAAAACAAAAAAAAAAAAAACAUAUAAAAAAUCACUAAAUUAUUUUAGUUUUAAGUUAAAGUUUGUUUUAAAACAAAACAUGAACAACAGCAGCUUCAUUUCUGAAAUGCAGCUUAAUAUUUGUUUUUAUUUAAUAGUAAUUUAAUUUAAUAACCAGUGAUUCGUUUUAAGUUCAUCUUUAUUUGUUUUUUUUUUUUCGUUAACUUUUGUAAAUACACACCUUUUUCCUAUUUAGUAAAUUUAAGUUUUGUUUACAAUACAUAUUAUUAUUAAUAAAAAAACAGAAACAAUUUCAAUUUGCCUCUCUUUCUCUCUUUACCCCACUUGAUUUGUGUGUGAUAUUAUUAUUACUUUAUUAUUACUAAUUAUUAUUGCAAUUAUUUAAAUUCUGUAUCUGUAUUAUAUUUAUUUUGUAUUAUAAUUUUAUAUUACAUAUAUUAUUAUUUCGUGUAAAUAUUACAUUUAUGUAUUGUUGAAAAAAAAAAUUAACUGGACCAAAUUUGUUUUUUUUUAUAAUAAAAAAAUAAUAGAAUUUAAAAUAGAUUUUUCCUAAACUGCCGGAAUGUUGAACAAA